AUGAAAGCUGAUCCCCGAGAGGGCGUGGCUCCAGAAAGCUGGCAAAUAAAAAUCCGGAGAGCCAGCACCGUCUGGAGACCCACAGAGGACCUGAGGAACCCGCUCGGCAAGCCACUCAGUUCCUGGGCCUUGGAAGUGAUACCCAUGGCAUCCCCCCACAUGCUGCUCCUCUGCCUGCUGGUCCUGGCAGUCACCGAAGGCUGGGGUCGGCAGGUGGCCAUCCCAGGCUGCCACUUGCACCCCUUCAACGUGACAGUGCGAAGUGACCGCCAAGGUACCUGCCAGGGCUCCCAUGUGGCACAGGCUUGUGUGGGACACUGUGAGUCUAGCGCCUUCCCUUCCCGGUACUCUGUGCUGGUGGCCAGUGGCUAUCGACAUAACGUCACCUCUGUCUCUCAGUGCUGUACCAUCAGUGGCCUGAAGAAGGUAAAGGUGCAGCUGCAGUGUGGGGGGGACCGGAGGGAGGAGCUGGAGAUCUUCACGGCCAGGGCUUGCCAGUGUGACAUGUGUCGCCUCUCGCGCUACUAGCCCCUCCCUUCCCUUCCUCCUUCCCCUUGGUCAGAGGGUUUGAGUUGGAGUAUAUCCCAAAUAUCCUGAGCCUCGUUGAGGACAACAGCUCCAGCUCUCUUAAGAGUCCGUGAUUGUCACCUCCAGAGAAGAGGGGAGUUUCUCUCUCUCCCCUGCCUCUGCCUGGCCUCGUAACCAGCCUAUCUAAUCAUUUCACUCCAUUCUUUGUCCCUACCCCUAA